UGAUGACAUAGCCAUCGGCGAGGAGAACGCUGCUGCGGAUGGCGGUGGCGGUGGUGAUGAUAACCCUUAUGCCGCUCGGUCUCCUGAAUUUAACAAACUUCCAUCCAUCUGGCCAUGUAUACCACAAUACCCCUCCUAGUACUAUAAGUAGAGAAUAGUGAGAAGAGAGAAAGAAGAACCAAAAAGAAAAGAAAAUGUCUAAACUACCAGCGGAAGAAUUCCCACAGAAGGCUUUUGGAUUGGCAGCUAAAGAUAGUUCUGGUCAUCUCACGCCUUUCAAGUUCUCAAGAAGGGAAACUGGUGAUGAAGACGUCACAUUUAAGGUGAUGUUUUGUGGAAUUUGUCAUUCUGAUCUUUCCAACAUUAAGAACGAAUGGGGAUAUUCUGCUUACCCUAUGGUUCCAGGUCACGAGUUGGUUGGCAUUGUGACUGAGGUAGGGCAGAAGGUAUCAAAAUUCAAAGUUGCUGACAGAGUCGGUGUCGGUUGUUUGGUCGGGGCUUGUCAUUCCUGUGAUAAUUGUUCCAGAGACCUUGAGAAUCACUGCCCUUCACAAAUAUUCACUUACAAUGGCUCCUAUUAUGAUGGCUCGAAAACAUACGGAGGUUAUUCUGAUAUCAUGGUUGCUAAUGAGCGGUACGUGGUAAGAAUCCCAGACAGCAUCCCACUUGAUGCAUGUGCACCAUUAUUAUGUGCCGGGAUUACAGUGUACAGCCCAAUGAAACAUUUCAGACUUAAUGAGCCUGGUACUCGCUUGGGUGUGGUUGGACUUGGUGGUCUUGGUCAUGUUGCUGUUAAGUUUGCAAAGGCCUUCGGAGUGAAGGUAACUGUGAUCAGCACCUCACCAGAUAAGGAAAAGGAAGCAAUUGAACAUCUUGGAGCAGAUUCAUUUGUGGUUAGCCGUAACCAAGAUCAAUUGAUGGCUGCGAUGGGUACAUUGGAUGGUAUCUUGGACACGGUUUCUGCACCUCAUUCUCUAUCACCGUUGCUUGGCUUGCUAAAAUCCGAUGGAAAGCUUAUUAUGCUGGGUUUACCAGACAAGCCGUUUGAAGUGCCUUGUUUCGAUCUGCUUUUUGGUAGGAAAACGGUUGCAGGGAGUAGUAUAGGAGGACUGAAAGAAACACAAGAGAUGCUUGACUUUGCAGCAAAACACAACAUUACAGCAGAUAUUGAGGUUGUUCCAAUGGACUAUGUCAACACCGCAAUGGAACGUCUUGGCAAGGGUGAUGUUAGAUACAGAUUUGUCAUCGACGUUGCCAACACCUUAUCAAAAAUUGCCUAGCCAAAUUGCAGCUUUUCAUCAUGGUCCAACCUUCUAGCUAUAUUUUCCGUCGUGAGAUUGAACUUACAUCUAGUUCUCAGUAGUCAGUACCAAGCUAAGUACUAUUUGUUAGUCGUUCAUGAUGCUUUAAAUUGAAUGCCAAGAUUUAUGUGAAAAUGGGGCAACCUGGAAAAUAAAAUAAAAAAGGAAAGACAUGUAUGUAUGGGGGAUUUGAUUCU